AUGCCGCCUGGCUUCCAGCAGCUUGGAGGAGAGGUUUUACAGAGAAUAACAGGAACUCUUGCCCUAUCGGUGUUCACAGCAGUGUUGGGCUCUCUUCAGUUUGGAUACAAUAUUGGAGUUAUUAAUUCUCCUCAAAAGAUUAUUGAGGAAGAAUAUAACUCAACAUGGAUACACCGCUACUCAGUGCCCAUUCCCAGGUCCACACUUACCUCUCUCUGGUCUCUCUCUGUGGCCAUCUUCUCCAUCGGAGGCAUGCUGUCCUCAUUCUGUGUGGGCAUCAUCUCAGAAUGGCUAGGCAGGAGGAAAGCAAUGCUUAUUAAUAAUCUCCUGGCAUUUAUUGGUGGAGGCUUGAUGGCAAUGUCCAAACUCAGUAAAUCAUUCGAGAUGAUGAUUUUAGGACGGUUCAUAAUCGGUGCAUACUGCGGACUGGCAUCAGGGCUGGUUCCCAUGUAUAUUGGUGAAAUAUCCCCCACCAGCCUGAGAGGAGCCCUGGGUACACUGCACCAGCUAGCCAUUGUCACUGGUAUUCUCAUUGCCCAGAUUUUAGGACUUGAGUCGUUGCUGGGCAGUGAGGAAUUAUGGCCUGUGUUGUUGGGCAUUACAGUGAUCCCUACAGUCCUACAGAUGGCAUUGUUGCCAUUCUGCCCAGAAAGUCCUCGCUUUCUUUAUAUCAUCCGCUGCCAGGAGCACCAUGCCAAGAGUGGCUUGAGGCGGCUGACUGGGAGGCUGGAUGUAAGUGAAGACUUGGCAGAAAUGAAGGAAGAGAAGAGGAGGAUGGACAUGGAGAGAAAAGUUUCCAUUGCUGAGCUCUUCCGCUCACCGCUGUACAGACAGCCCAUUAUCAUUUCCAUCCUGCUGCAGCUCUCCCAACAGCUGUCAGGCAUCAAUGCUAUCUUCUACUACUCAACCAGUAUAUUUCAGAAGGCUGGGGUGGGGAGUCCAGUUUAUGCCACCAUAGGUGCCGGAGUUGUGAACUGUGCUUUCACUGCGGUCUCGCUUUUUCUGGUGGAGAGGAUGGGACGGCGGACACUUCAUAUGCUAGGACUGGCUGGAAUGUGUGUGUGUGCAAUUGUUAUGACAGUCGCACUCAGCUUACUGGAAACAGUUCCGUUGAUGAGCUACAUCAGUAUGCUGUCCAUCUUUGGCUUUGUGGCUUUCUUCGAGGUGGGACCAGGACCAAUCCCCUGGUUCUUUGUGGCUGAGCUGUUUUCUCAGGGGCCUAGACCUGCAGCCAUGGCUGUAGCUGGAUUCUCCAACUGGACAGCAAACUUCAUCAUUGGGAUGGGAUUCCAGUACAUUGCUGACCUAUGUGGCCCAUACGUUUUUCUUAUCUUUGCGUCACUCCUCCUCUUUUUCUUGCUGUUCACAUUCUUCCGAGUUCCGGAAACCAGAGGAAAAACAUUCGACCAGAUUUCUGCCACCUUCCAGCACCACACACCCAGCAUGAUGGAAAUGGAAUUAAACCAGGAGCUUGUAAAGCCAAGUACAGAGCUAGAGAAUCUUGGUGCAGAUGGUUUGGAACACUAAAAGACGUUAAGUAAAAGAUCUGAUGCAGUGAAUGAGACCAUACAGAGAUGCCCCAUGAUGAGUUCCAGGGUGACAGUGGACAGUGUACAUGUGUUUCUGAAAGACUUGGAUAACUGCACUUUAUCUUUACAAAGAAAGUUAAGAUUUUAAUGCCAGUUUUAUUUAUUUAUAUAUUUCACUGACAUGCUGGAUAGUUCCAUUAUGUUGAGACUUAUUCGGGAUGCACAUUUAGCAUUUUAAAGAUUUUC